CUGCAUUCCUGCCAGUGUGCACUGUGCGUCCCGUGGCCUGACUGCAAACCAGGCCAGACUGCUGAGCUGUUUCUAUGGUGCUACAUCUGAGACUUAAGAGGCAUUGCACUCAGCCAAUCAGAUGGCUUGUGGUUUGAAGGGGCACAGUGUGGGCCGUCACAGCUGAGGGAAAGAGAGUUUUUGAAGUUUCUUUUAGUGCGCACUGGAGUUUAAACAAGGGGGCACCACUUUUCUGGAAAAAACAGGAGACAGAAAAGCGGAUUGGGCACACUCAUCAUUUUCAGUGGAAUGAAGACUUGGUCUAUCUGCUGCAAUCUCACCUAGGAGUCUUGUUUCUGACACUGCCUUCAAAGCUACCAAAUUCAAUUACUUCCACAGUAUUGCUAUAGAUCAUCUCCUUCAUGUUUUAUGAGUGGAAAGUGUACAAAUGAAGAGGCAGACUUCAUCCUGAAAACAGUGCCAUAAAGAACUUAUAGUUUUUGGCAUCUUCUCGGGGCAGAACGUUUGCUAUUCUGACCAGCGUGGUGGAAACAAAUUGUAUUGCCAUGGCGGAUAAUGCUAUUGAGGAAUCCAAUAACUUCAAAGAUGAGCUGAACUGGGGCUAUGAAGAAGGUGUUGAAUGGGGUCUGCUGUUUCCUGAAGCAAAUGGAGAGUACCAGUCCCCUAUAAACCUUAACUCCAGGGAAGCAUGCUAUGAUCCCCGGCUCCUGGAGGUGGGGCUUAACCCCAACUAUGUGGUUUGCAGGGACUGCGAGGUCAUCAAUGAUGGUCACACUGCAAGGAUCAUGCUUAAAUCCAAAUCAGUUGUAACCGGUGGCCCUCUCCCCAACAACCAUGAGUAUGAACUGAACGAGGUGCGCUUUCACUGGGGAAGAGAAAACCAGAGGGGAUCUGAACACACUGUUAACUUUAAGGCAUUUCCUAUGGAACUUCAUCUAAUCCACUGGAACUCAACAUUAUUUAACAGCGUGGAGGAGGCCAUGGGCAAGAAAAAUGGCAUUCUCAUCAUCGCUCUGUUUGUCCAGGUUGGGAAGGAGCAUCUUGGAUUGAAAGCCAUUACAGACGUCUUGCAGGACCUCCAGUAUAAAGGAAAGACAAAAAUUAUUCCAUGUUUUAACCCUAACACGUUACUACCUGAUCAAAGCAUCAGUGCUUCUCUGAUUGUCUUUAUUGGUUUCUUAACUUCCUCAGACCCUCUUUUAAGAGAUUACUGGGUGUAUGAGGGCUCUUUGACCACUCCACCCUGCAGUGAGAAUGUCACCUGGAUUCUCUACCGUUACCCACUAACUAUCUCUCAGAUGCAGAUUGAAGAGUUCCGUCGACUCCGGUCUCACAUUAAAGGAGCAGAGCUUCCUGAAGGAAAUGAUGGGAUGCUGGGAGACAACUUCAGACCAACCCAGCCUCUGAGUGACAGGGUGGUCAGGGCAGCCUUCCAGUAGAAGCUCCACACCAGGAUCCAUUUUAAUCUGCCAUGGAGACAAGAAAUGAUGAAGAAACUGAAAUGAAGAUCUACAUCAUUGUGGUAUAAAUGAAAGUGCAGCACUUCCUGUAGAGUUGCUUGGGCAUCAUUUUGUAGUUCAAUGUCCUAAAUAAAGCACUGAUGGUUAGUGUUGCAGAAGCUGAACUGCUGUUUCUUUUCAUUUGAAUCACAGUUUUAUUGAUUCAUUGUGAAGAAGGAAUGAAUGAGCAUGAUAGCUGGUGAUAAGCUUGUAUAGGGAAGAGAGGAGAAGCAUACUUUAGCUUGAUGAAUAUUGUAAGAUUACUGCAGUUAAGAAGUUUAAUUGAAGCAGUUGUGUAGUCCUAUAAUUUAAUCUGCCUUUAUACGAACUUGCUACAGUACACAGAAAAAUGUACAUGACUGACACAUAAUGUAACAUCAUUUGAAGACUGCUUUUAUUAGAUUACACUAUACAUUUUGGACACUAUUUUAAAAUAAAAUACAUGUUUAUUUUUUAAAGGCAGUUGAGUAUUAUCAAAGCUGACAAUUAACCAUACAUUUCAAUGAAGGUAAAUUUCUAUAAUAAUAAACUGUGAAUACCUUGAAUAAACUGACUAUAACUUUAACAGCAAUCUUAUUAGCUGUUAGCUAUUGUUUAAAAUGUUUUCUUAAGAGUUUUGUUUUGUUGACAGUCUAGUCUGUUUGGAGUAAGUUUUGACGCAGCAGAUUGUAUUUAAAGCUGUAGUUUAAUAUUUAAUUUACCGAUGUCAUUACAUUGCUUGCAGAACUUCUAGUAAGGUCAUAUUUCUUACUGACUGUCCCAAAUAAUGAAAACAUGAUUCAUUGACAGACAUGUCUGUAUUUUUCACACUUGUUUUGAAACUGACCUCAGUCUGCCGUUCUCACUGAAAACCAGAGUGCAGGGUAUUGUUUUUUCAUAUCUUGAAAACCCCCUUGUUGUUGUAAUGAUUGUUCUGUAAGAAGUAAUGUACUGGCAUUAAAGAUAGAGAUCACAUAUAAAUGUCAAAAAGAGUGUGUAUGUGUGUAAUUCAUUAUUAAGUAAUUAUAUCAUAGUUCUCAUGUCAUUAUAUAAAAAGAAAUAAAUGGCAUUUUUACAGUAAGAUUAUGUGUAAAAUGCUUCCAUGAUUACAAUUAUGCAGAAGUAAAAAAAUCAUUUCCCGGCCUAAUUAACACUACAGGAAACAUCACAACUGUGUAGCUUCUAUUAAGGUGAUAACACUCUGUAGUUUAGGGCGUUUACAUUAAGCAAGCUAACUAAAUUUACUAGUAUUAUAGUAUUGUCUAUUCUGCUGGUCCAAUAAGAACAUUCCCCUAAACUAACAAACGCAACCCCACCCAUCUGUUCCAACAGCUUCAAAGCUAAGGCUAAAACAAUGUUUGUUGGAGUGGGUGUUUUGUCUUUUUUGUUAAUACAGAGGAUCCACACCUGCAACUUUAUGAUGAUUCAUUUCUUGU